AUGGAGAAACAUGAAGAUGUUCAAUACUGUUUUCAAGAGAGAAACUCUUCCUGCAGAAAGGCUCGGCUAUCGACAUCUAUCUACAUAACACUGUACAUCUUCUUCUCAUUGUUUUCAGCGGUUACAGUAUUUUUGAACGUACUGGUGAUCAUCUCCAUCUCUCACUUCAAGCAGCUCCACACUCCAACCAACCUGCUCAUCCUCUCUCUGGCUGCGUCAGAUCUCCUGGUGGGACUGAUUGUGAUACCAGUAGUGACUGUAGCAAUAAUGGAACCAUGCUGGGGUUUUGGGGAAUAUUUCUGUGUGUUUCAUGCAUACGUCUCUUUUUUAUGUACUUCUUUAUCUCUGGGUAAUUUGGUCUUGAUAUCUAUUGACCGCUAUGUUGCUGUGUGUGAUCCCUUAUUGUACCACUCUAAAAUAACAAUAACAAGAAUUAUGUGUUGUAUAUUCAUUACCUGGUGUUGUUGUAUCAUAUAUCGUGCCGGUAUUAUAAAACACUUUGUAAAUGUACAAGUACGAAGUAGGUGUUUGAAAGAAUGUUUCACUGUUGAAAUAACAUGGAGUAAUAUAAUUGACCUUGUAAUUACAACGGUUGUCCCGUGCUCUAUUAUUAUAACACUUUAUAUGAACAUCUUUGUGGUGGCCAGAUCACAGGCCAGAAAGGUAUUUUCUAAAGAGGCUGCCAGUGUGUCUGGUGUUAAAACUGCACAGGCAAAUAAGUCUGAGAGAAAAGCAGCAAAAACUCUUUCUAUUGUUGUUUUCAACUAUCUCAUUUGUUGGAUUCCAUUUCUAUUUUCUUCUUUCUUUCUUGUGUCUUUUUUAAGUGACAAUUUAUCAUUUAUCAUCGGUCUUCUACCACUUGUUAAUUCUUUUAUCAAUCCAAUAAUUUAUGCUUUCUUUUAUCCAUGGUUCAAAGUGACAGCUAAACAUAUUUUAACUCUGAACCUAUGUUUGACAAACAUAAGUUUAAUAUAGUUUUGUAAUACAAUUGUUGUAAUUGCUUCUUUCAUGUAACAAUACACUGACAUUACUUAUCUCAGUGUUGUUAUCAUAUAUAUAUGUGGUGUUGAUACAGAAUAAUUAGUCUGGAUUGGAAUGGAAUGACUUGGAGAAGGCAACAGAAGGAGUAAGCUUGUUGUCUAAAAAAACUAUGUAGACAUUUUGGUUUGUAUAUUCCAAAUAACAAAGUAUGUGGUUGUUCCAUGUUAUUUAA